CCAACUGUGAGUCACCUCACCCUUUCUCCACCAUUCCGGAUCACAAAGAGAGAAAGAGAGAGAAAGAAACAGGACAGUUGCGACAGUGUGUGUUGUGUGUGUGAAGGUUUCUCGUUGGCGUUGGCGGCAAUGAUUCACUGAAAGCGAAACAACGUAGAUAGGUCAAUCAAUCAAUCAAUCAAUCGUUGGAGCAAUCUUCAAUUAAUCAUUGCUCCACUUUUUAGCUUUAUGUCUCGACCGCCGAAUCAUGAAUUCCAGGAAUGGUGGAACAAGCAAAGAGAGAGAGAUAACGACACCACCGAUCUCCUUCCCGAUAAGAAUUCCGAAAAGCCUAAUUGGUUAACAGUCGAGAUCCUCAGCCCUACCACCGAUCGUCCUGUCGAUAAAGAACGCUCUCGCAGCGCCCGUCAAUUAUCUUGGGUCUGCCUCCUCCGUUUCCAGCAGCUAGCCAAUUCCUUACUCUUCCUAACCCAUGGCCUCCUUUCCCUCCUUCGUACCGCCAAUCGCCGCAUCACCACCGCUGAUUCUGUCGACGAUCUCGCGUCUCCGGGCAAGGAUUCGCGAUUGUACCGCGCUAUUAAGGUCUUUUUGGUUAUUCUCCUCGUGCUCCUUGUUUUCGAGCUAGUUGCUUACUUCAGAGGAUGGCAUUUCAGUCCGCCGUCUCUGGAUUCGACCAGGGUGUUGGAUUUUCUGGAGCUUAUGUACGCCAAUUGGAUCCUGAUCAGGGCGAACUAUCUUGCACCCUUAUUGCAGAGUUUGACAAAUGUCUGCGUCGUUCUCUUCUUGGUUCAGUCAUUAGAUCGACUAGUUUUGGUUCUUGGAUGCUUUUGGAUAAAGCUUAGAGGAAUAAAGCCCGUAGCACUGAUGGAAUAUCCAGCUGAAUCAACCAACGUGAAUGUGGAAGAUUAUCCCAUGGUGUUGGUGCAGAUCCCGAUGUGCAAUGAGAAGGAGGUUUACCAACAAUCUAUUGCAGCUGUAUGUGUACAAGAUUGGCCCAGGGAUAGAAUGCUAAUACAGGUACUAGAUGAUUCUGAUGAUUUAAAUGCUCAAGUCCUUAUAAAGGCUGAAGUACAGAAGUGGCAACAAAGGGGCAUUCAUAUACUGUACAGACAUCGGCUUAUUCGAACAGGCUAUAAGGCAGGGAAUCUUAAAUCUGCAAUGGGAUGUGAGUACGUUAAGAAUUAUGAGUAUGUUGCCAUUUUUGAUGCAGAUUUUCAGCCAACUCCUGAUUUCUUGAAGAAAACGAUUCCAUACUUCAAGGGGCAUAAUGAUUUGGCAUUGGUCCAAACAAGAUGGACCUUUGUUAACAAAGAUGAGAAUUUGCUCACAAGAUUGCAGAAUAUAAAUCUAUCCUUCCACUUUGAGGUGGAACAACAGGUUAAUGGAGUGUUCAUCAAUUUUUUUGGUUUUAAUGGAACUGCUGGUGUAUGGAGAAUCAAGGCACUUGAAGAAUGUGGUGGAUGGUUGGAAAGGACAACUGUUGAAGACAUGGAUAUUGCGGUUCGAGCUCAUCUUCAUGGAUGGAAAUUUAUAUAUCUAGAUGAUGUUAAGUGCCUUUGUGAACUUCCAGAGUCCUAUGAAGCAUACAAGAAGCAGCAGUAUCGCUGGCAUUCUGGCCCAAUGCAGUUAUUCCGCUUGUGUUUCAUGGAUAUACUCCGAUCAAAGGUGAGUUGGGCGAAGAAAGCCAACAUGAUAUUUCUCUUCUUUCUCCUGCGGAAGCUUAUAUUGCCAUUCUAUUCAUUCACUCUUUUCUGCAUCAUCCUGCCUCUGAGUAUGUUUCUUCCAGAAGCCCAGUUGCCAGCUUGGGUGGUUUGUUACGUCCCAGGAGUGAUGUCGGUUUUGAAUAUUCUUCCAGCACCGCGAUCAUUCCCGUUUGUUGUUCCCUACCUCCUCUUUGAGAACACCAUGUCAGUAACCAAGUUCAAUGCCAUGAUAUCGGGAUUAUUCAAAUUGGGAAGCUCUUACGAGUGGAUUGUUACUAAGAAAUCGGGGAGAUCGUCGGAAGCAGACCUAGCAUCAAUGGUGGAAGAUGAUUCAGACCAACACCACCCUCUUAUAGUCCAAGGUAGCAGUGUCCACAGGUCGUCAUCAGAAUCAGGUCUUUCUGAGCUGAACAAGAUAGAACAGAUGUCGAAGAAAACUAGGAAUGUGAAAAAGAACAGGCUGUACAGAUCUGAGCUAGCUCUUGCAAUGAUAUUGUUAAGUGCAUCAGUUAGAAGCUUGUUGUCUGCCCAAGGGAUCCACUUUUACUUUCUAUUGUUUCAGGGCAUUACCUUCCUAAUUGUGGGUCUGGAUCUCAUCGGGGAGCAGGUCAGUUAAACAAAUCCCUCAUCGUGAAUUUAUUUUGUGCAAGAGUAAUUAAUUCUCUAAGUGCUUGUUGUAGUAGAAUUAGUAAGUAGUAGUACACUCCAAAUGUGAUAUCCACUGUGAAGAAAGAAACAAAGAAAGAAGAUAUACCACAAAAUCCAAAUAUGUUCUGUCUAGUAUUAUUUGAUACAGAUGGGUGGUGAGUGUGUUUGCUUAUAGAACAGGUGGUGGGUUUUGUUUAGAUUAUUAUUAUGCAUUUUGGCAUUCACUAGUAGUUUGGUGAUCAGCAAGAAGGUUUUGUAUUCUUGCUGCUGAUCAUUACUUCUUUUUCCUUAUGGUGUUUUGAAUGUUGCUCCUGCUGUUGUUUUGGAAACCCAAUUUAUAAACAACAGAAUGCAUAUUAUAUUGUUGCAAAUUUCACUUCAUGGGAUUUAUUGAUUGUAUUCUACUACAUCUUAACCCAACUCAUGUUUCUUAUUAUUUUUAAACAUUAUAUAACACUUCUCUUUGUUAUGGA